AUGCCGUCUGUGGACGAUACACAGACCAGGAACAUGCCAAGCCAGACCAUCCACGACAUUGACCCGAACGGUGACCUUGUCCUGAUUGUCGGAUCAGACGGUCUCUAUAACGGCGUCGAUGGUGUUGUCGGCGUUGGCGUCGUCGCUUCCUUUCGAAUCCAUUCCGGAAAUCUCUGUCGAGCGUCCUCCGUCUUCCGCGCCAUGCUCACGGGAAGCUUUCGGGAAGCACGAAGAUACACAGACUCAGAGCAAUGGACUGUCGAGCUUCCGGACGACGACCCCACGGCCUUUGGCCUACUCUUGAUGAUUAUCCACAGUCAUUUCGACAAAGUCCCCUCGGCCCUACAUAUUCAAGCCCUCUACGAUGUCACCAUUCUGACAGACAAAUACGACAUGACGGCUAUUCUUCGUCCCUGGGCAUCGACCUGGCUCCUUUCAAUCAACAGAGAACGAGACGAUCCCCGGGGCUUGACCUGCCUCCCCCCAAUCAACAGAGAAGGGGCCAAGCGGGUGAUUUGGAUUGCUUGGGAGUUAGGAGAUAUGACUCUGUUUGAGCAAAUGGCGAACAGACUUCUCGACACAUUCCAGCUCAAUGAGAGGGGCAAUGUCAUGGUUGGUGCCAAUCGGGUUUCUCCAGAAAAGUACCUGGAUUCAAUUGGACUUUUGUGUGAGCUCUCCCACAUAUUCUGCUUCAGGCAUCAGAUCAAGCUGACGGUUGCAAAAGCAGAACUACGCAGUCAUCGAUCUGAGCUGUUGAAUGAGUGCUUACAGAAACUGUCGGAUCUAUAUCAUAGGUUCUCAGAUGAGAAAAGGUGUCUUUCCAAGACAUAUUUCUAUCGCUUGGGAUCCGUAGUCAGUAGCACCAUCCAUGCCGAUUCUUUCCCCUUGGAUACCAGUGCGGAAGAUAUCAACCUGAGCUUGGAUCGGCUCCGACAACUAUUACGCAAGUCCAGGAUUGACACAAUGUGCGGACAUGAGCUGUGCAUUUGCUCCACUGGGAUCCGAGGGAUUAGUGAAUCAGUACUUGCUCGAAAGUUCCGAUGCUCUCAGCAUUCCUACUACAAGGAGCACCUCGACAACCAGGCUCGGAAGACAGGACUGAUAGGGGGCAGCUGUGCAAUUUAUGCCGAUUUGUCUCAUAUUCUGCCCACCUAG